AAAAUUGAAAUAGUUCGGUUAGAUUUCAGAAGUGUACGUUCCAAAACGUUUGGAUUCCCCCCAACAGGUGGUCGUUCACCCCCUCCUACGUUUACUGUAGUCUUUUUUUGUUUGUUUGUUCGUGUGUAUGGAAUUUCAUCUCUCAGCUAUAAUUCUGGAGGAAUUCCCGUACCCGCUUUUAAACAUGUCGGCCAUAUGUUUAGGGACGGUGAACGCCUCCCAUCACGGGUGGCCACUUGUUGCAACGUCAGUCUCCAUCCUUGCUCGUACAGGCGAGGAGGAGAGGAGAGGCAGAGCUAAGGAGAGGCUCGUCACAUCCUCUGUCCAUAUAUGGGCAUGAAGUUUACACGCAGCGGGGAAUCCUCUCACUGGAGCCGAUGAAUGGGGAGGAGGGCCGUGGAGCCGCCAAAGUGUAUAUAAGGGGAGCGAUGUGAGAGCCACGGCAAGCAAAUGACCGCGGAGCAACAGACGAGAAGGAAUAUAUUGCAUUUUUUUUUCUUCUUGUUGUUAUUAUUUAAAACAAGCACAUUUGGGGAUCAUUUGUCGAACACCAUCCCCCCAAAAAAGAGGAGGGGGUUGAAGGAAAACAAGACACCCCUAUAUAUAUUUAUAUAUAUUUAUUUAUUUUGUACCCGAGGCGGACCUUUGAAGUGCAGCAUUAUGUUGAACAACAUGGAUUUGAACGCCAAAGAUUCUUUUUACCCUCAGUUUGACACCUGCAGCGGCUCUUCUCUGGGCACGGACGCCGGCGCGAGGAAGGACAACCUGGACUCGUUCGGCGACGCGGAGCGCUCGGUGCCCGCGCAGUUCGGCCACGAAGGAGCCCCCGCGACCCUCAAAACCGAAGCUUCCAACUCGGAAUACGCGUUUAACCCUUGCGAGGGUCCCAAAGACGCCUACACCCCUUCGUCGCUCGCCUACUCCGGCAGCUUCUACGUGGAAGCCUCUCAGGGGGCGCCGUGCACCACCGAGACGCUCCUCAACAUGAUCACCGAGAUCGUGGGCAUAUCCACCAUGCAGCUCUCCGAAGCCCAGCAGCAGCACAGCGCCAACAACCGGGGGGCUUCGUACACGCCCCCUAUGGACAGCGCGCCUUACGGGGACGCCAAGAGGCAACCCUUCGCCUGCCGGGCGCCCACACCCCCGCCCUACCCGCCCUCCUCCGACUUCACCCGGGACCAGGCCGACCCCCCGGCCCCGGAGCCCUCCACCUCCCAGCUCGGCUUCGCCAAGGCCGAGCCCAAGUCCGAGGCGGCCUCGUUCCCCGUGGUGGUCAAGAAUGAGUUCGAGAGCUACGAGUGGGGGGCUUUCUGCAAAUCCGACUGCUUGGAAAGCAGCUUCCACACGGAGACGUCCUUCCCCAUGUCCAACGACUUCCCGCCCGAGCAGCAGAUGGACGUGAAGGAACUUCUGGACACCUUCCCGGCCAUGUGCCCCAACGCGGACGUGGAGUUCAAAGUGGAAGGGGGCAUCAAGCAGGAGCAGUGCUUCCCCGACACGUGCUCGCAGAGCCAGCACAGCUACGCGUACAACGGCUACCUCCCCCCGCCCAUGGGCCUCUCCUCCAGCCUGAAGCCAUACCCCGAAGGCCCGCCAGCAUCCAACCAGUGUGACUCCAUCUACGCCUCCCCAGCUUUGCCCAGCACCAUAGACUCCAUCCUCUACUCGUCCCUGCUGCCCGACUCCUUCGCCCAAAGUUACACCACCCGUGCCGCCGCCACUUCCACCUCGACCGCUGCCGCCGCCGCCGUCAAGCCCCCCAGGGCCCGCAAGAGCGCCGCCGCCUCCUCCUCCUCCUCCUCUUCGCACGGCCCGCCCAAGGAGAAGCCCUUCACCUGCCCCAUGGAGAGCUGCGACCGCCGCUUCUCGCGCUCGGACGAACUCAACCGCCACAUCCGCAUCCACACGGGCCACAAGCCCUUCCAGUGCCGCAUCUGCCUGCGCAGCUUCAGCCGGAGCGACCACCUGACCACGCACACCCGGACUCACACGGGCGAGAAGCCGUUCUCCUGCGACGUGUGCGGCAAGCGCUUCGCCCGCAGCGACGAGCGCAAGCGGCACGGACGCGUGCACCAGAAGCAGAAGGAGAAAAUGGAGCUCAAGCCCCAAGUGACUCCCAACGCGUGGCCCUUCGCCCUGCCCGAGGGCAUUUGAAGAAGAGGCCUCUCGCACGCACGCACGCACGCACGCACGCGCUCACACGCACUCACACACACACGCGCGCGCGCGCACGACAUUUGAGGAUCUCUCCGUCUUGGAGGACACGAGUCCUAAUCACUUUGCUUUGCCUGCCUGAAUGGAGAGCGCAAAAAGGCAAAAAAGAAACAAACAAACAAAAAACAAAGACAAAAAAAAAAUUGGAGGGGCGAGGGUCCUGCAACGCCGAUUUGACCCACGAGUCAAUGAGGUGGCCAAAGUCGGGGGAACACUGACGUGUCGCUGUCACUCGUAAGUCGAGGCACGGCUCGCCGUUGCGACGCGGGCUCUGUGUGCAUGACUGCCGAUCAGCACCGCUUGCAUCCGGACAGCGCCUCACUCCCAUCUCGCCUCUCAUCGCCCACGGAUGGGUUGCACUUGCAGAUUUCUAGCCACAUUUUCAACUAAGAAUGUUCUAUUUUUUUCCUGUUUUGUUUAGUUUUUUCCCCCUCCAGUUAUUGGACUAUGUUGCUCAAUGCAUGUUUUAUUUUUUUCCUUUGAAUAUCUGGACUAGCACCCCACUCCUCCAAUCACGCCACAGUGGAGGGGAGGGGGGAGGUUAUUAAAAUGAAUGUAAGCUAAUAUAUUUAUGGUUUCAGCCAUAAAGUUGUCCAUUUGGAUCAAACUUAGUGUUUGUUUAUACUUCCUAUCAUUUAGCCGUCAGUGGUUUUUUUUGUCAUUGGACUUUGUGUUGUUCAAAUUGUGAAAGAUAUAUAAUUAAUGGCAAAUAAAUAUAUUUGUAUUACUGUACUUCCUUGUAUUUUUAUAGCUGAGUGUAUAUUUUACAUUUAUGACAUUUGAGCCUCAUUUUCUGGGGGUAUUCUAAAAUCCUUAAUAAUGUAUUGGUUUUCGAGGGCUAUUGUUCAGUAACUCAGUAUUUUAAAUGUCACCGUUUGAUAUCAGAAACUUUUUUGUUUGUUUGUUUGUUUUUUUCCCGCACUUCAUCUGACCAACGUUGUUGCGCCGAAUGAGUUCUUAAAUGGGGGGGGCGUGGAUGUGCACUUGUUGAAAAAUGAUUUCACAUGUACAGAAGUGUGUUGACUCAAGCUAGGACCGACUAGCAUAUCAUAUAUAUGAAAAUUGCUUUUGAGUAAUCAGGUAGCACACAUUGCUGCGAGGUUCCGUUCACUGAUGAAGGACUUUUAACGUGAUGUAUCUUUCGCUUCGAAGACGCUGAAACUUGGAGGGGGGGAAAAAGGUUGACAGGUUGGUGAGAUUGUCACUGACAGGGUUUUGCAAAAAAAAAAAAAAAAAAAAAGUAAUUUUACUCGCCUUAAGUUAUAUUAACUGUUCAAAUUUGUACAUACACAGUUUAUACAAUACAUGAACUUGAUAUUGAUGUUGUUAUUUUUAUUGAAGAUGAUGAACAAAAUAAACAUUUUUCUGCCA